AGACGAGUCAGGCGGGAUUUGGGGAGUUUGAAGCCAAACUAUCAGUGUACGGAGUUAUUGCUUUUAUAUGGGUGUAAUUCGUCGUUAAUAGCUAGAAUUUACAUUGCAGUUUCAUGUCAAAACUUGGUUGUAGUUUCGUUACGCGCGUGUUAGUGGAAGUAGGUUUUGGGCAGCUUGCGAGCCUUCCAACUAGCUAACGUUAGCCAUGCCAUCCAACAAUAGUUUGAUAUAGUUAGCUAGCUAGCUAGAGAUUAUAUUAAGAUAUUUAUUUUCCUAGACAGAUAGCAAGCAAUCAACUUUGCCACACAAUGACAGUUAGCAUAGCUUAGAGGUUUUGUCUUCUACACUUAAGGGAACAAGGAGGAGAGGAGAGGAGAGGAGAAAAAAGCUAUUCUGAAUGUGCCCAACACCACAAGCUGGUCAGUGAAAUUAUGGCUGGUGUCGUUGCUAUGGCAUCUGUCAUUGAAGAUUUUGAGACUCCGCCAUGCAAGAAAUCACGCAAAGAUGCCCAUGCUCCUCCUGUCAUGACGAUCACAAACUACUUCUCCCCAGUGCCCAAGCCCAUGGAGAAACCCUUCUCCCCACCCAGGUCCAACAACAUCAUGGAUUACUUCAGCCGGAAGACUACACCAGUUAGAGAGAAAGGGAGUACCCCAGAGCAGACUAAGGAGAACCGCCUGGGGCCCCAGCCCUCUGAAUCACCAGCCAGCGUAGACAGCCCUGUGAGACGGCCAGCCAUGCCCCCUCAGAAACGGGGCAGGAAGCCCAGCAAAGUUGCCCGGCAGUUACAGGAGACGGAUGCUGAUGCAGGCUCCACUGAGACGGAGGAGUGUGUGGUCUUAGAGGGGCCAGGAGAUGGUGAGGGGUCAGAGGACAACGUAGUGAGCAGCAGCUGUGGCAUCCUGGGUAGUGACACAGCUGCCCUGCUGGCCCAGUUCAGUGCUGAUGCUGGUAUGGCUGGAGACACCUCUGGUGAGAAUGACCCUGGGGCGGUAUGUCCUGAGAAGGCUCAAAAAGACAAACAUCCCAAGGUGGACUCCAAAAAAAGGGCUCCUGUAAAGAAAAAGGAAAGUUGUGACGGUUCUCCUAAAAUACCUCGAAAAGACAAGGUGAAAUGGAACCAACCUACUGCAGAAAAGAGAACUGUCAGUAAGGCUAAUGCCAAGCAGCAGCAGCAGGAGGAUAAGGAAAUGGAGGAGUAUGUGCCCGAGGUCCAGGAGGCUGAGCUGUCUUUGUGUGAUGCAAGCAUAGAGGUGAACGUGGGUGAGGCGUCUCAGUUGAACGGGAGCACCGUCACCAUCUCCUUUGAGGACUUCCUACAGACUCAGGGCCAGGGAGAGGAGAAGGUGGUGGAAGAGGAAAGCAGAGUCGACCCGGAGCCAGAAGACACGUUGGAUGUACCCAAAGCCAAUGAGCCGUGUCCCCUGCAGAUAUCCCCUCGAACCCUCACCAUCCAAGCUGAGGUGCACACCAUUUCCCCCGGCCACGAGCCAGUCCUGGUUGCAGAGAAAAAGAUGGCCUCCAUCUUCUCCAGGGGAAAAGAGGAGGGGAGCCCAGCAGCUGUAGAGGUGAAGACCGCUUCCUCUCCUCGUCCCCAGUCUAGACUGGAGCUGCUGCCUGCCCUCAAACGGAAGUCCAACGUGGUCCUGCAGGAGGAGGACCUGGAGCUCAGUGUCGUCGAGUCUGAAUCAUCCACUCCCAAGUGCAGCCAGACUGAGUGGAAGCAGUUCAUGAGUGCUUUCAAGCAGCCAGCCAAGCCCGGUAUGGGCCCUGGGAAGCAGCCUGUGGACAAGGCCUCAGGGGAGUCUGCUGAGGAGGAGAAACACUCUGCUGCCCCAAUUGAGGAGCAGCCAGGUAAAAAGGCAGCUAAGAAGAAACCUCAGAGACGAGGGAGGAAGAAGGCCCUGGAGGAGGAGGAGUCAGUUCCCUCACCUGCAGCACAAGAAAACCAUGUUCCCAUGGAGACUGACACUAUGGAGACUGAUGCUAAACCCAAAGCAGAGUCUACCACUGAUGCUAAACCUGAAACAGAGCCCACCACCUCCACACCAACAACAGUCAGGAGGUCCACCAGAGAAGCCCCUCGCAGGCAGACACCUGUUGUUGAUCUAGUAACCCCAGUGAGGAAAACAAUAAAAGAAAGGGUGAAAGAUGUUGCAGCAGUCACCAAGGACUGCCCGGUCCAGAUGUCCACCCCAAAGUCAGACAAGUCAAGACACAGGGUGUUCAGAGCACAGAUGGUCUGUCCACCAGACAAUAUAGGAAGUCCCAUCAGGAUGAAAUUGACCAGAGUCUUCCUAUGCUCUGCAUCAAAAUCUGAGGGUGGAAGUGAUUUUGAAAUCCUGAGUCCCCUACCUACUAAGGAAUCCAAUGCAUCCAAGAAGAGAAAAAAGGCGAAGAAGUUGGUGGAGAAAGCCCGGGCGAUACAGCAGAGUAAAAAGGCCGCAGCCGAUAAGGAGGGUCAGAGCUCCUUACGACGCUCCUCCCGGUGCCAGGUCUCCGUCAAGAAGAGCUACAAUGAAGAUGAGGACUCAGUGGUUUGUGUGGAGGAUAGCCAGGAUGGCUCUGCUCCGACUGCCAAGGAGAAGGGCAAGGCUCAGAAACGCAGUCUAAAUGAUGUAUUGGGGAAAAAAGCACCUGCCAUCAAAGAGUCCAAGAAUCCAGCAGUGGCUCCCAUGUUCCUUGGGAAGAAAGCACAGAGGACAUCAGUCAUAUCCAUCUUUGAUGACAGCAGCCGUGAUGGUUCAGAGAACUCUCAGGAUGACGAACAGUUCCGAGCCCGCAGGGAGUUCCUGAAGAGUGGCCUCCCAGAGUCCUUCAAGAAGCAGGUAGCCAAAACUGCUGCCACCAAGGAGGCCUAUGCUGUCUCCUGCUCCUCCUUCCAGCCUGUAGUGCAUGUGCUGCAGACGUCACAGGACUGUCCUCUCUGGAGUCUACCAUGGCCUGUUUCUCCUCGCUUACACUUCCUGAAGGAGCUUUGCUGUCUACCAUCAAACCAGCUUCCAUCCCUCGAUAGUGGCACUUGCUUUAAGACUGAGCCAGCCUCCAGAGCCCACACUGAAAGGGGGUCUGGCUGGCGAGAAGAUUUCUCUGAGCCCAUUCGUAAGCUCCUAAUGGGGGAGAUCAGUGCAUCCAACCCUCCUUUCCCCGUCCAGCGGUUCCUCACACGCUUCCUGACGAGGCGGACGGACCACCUCCAGCAAUGCACAGCUUCAGAGGCAGACCCCGGCACCAAACUCCCCAGCAGUGCCCCAGCAUCGACAGAGCCUGUUGGGGGGAAGAGGAAGAGAAUGGAAGAGGGUGAGGGGGCCGUGGGAAAGGUGGCCAAGAAGCAGAGGUCCAGGAGGUCAGAGGAGGAGAAGAUAAUUGUGAUCGACGGGGACACCAUCUCCCCCGAACCUGAGCCACCCAGGAGGGGAGGGCGAGGGAGGAGGCGCAAGCAGCAGGAGAAUGAGGAGAUGAAAACACCACUCCCCUCCCAAAAGGACCCUGUGGUACUCCUGGAGGACUCUCCACUGGCUGGUAACUCUGUCAAAGAUGACUCCGUAAAAGAGGAUGUGUUGUGGACAGAGAAGUACCAACCACAGCACUCCAAUGACAUCAUAGGCAACACUGCCUCAGUGAGGAGGCUGCACAGUUGGCUGAGGGAAUGGAAGCUCAGAGCUGACCGGGAAGAGAGGAAAAAACAGAAGGAAAAGAAACAGGAGGAUGACAGCAAUGACUCAUGGGACACUGAAGACGGGGACUCUCAGGAGGGGGAAGACUUUAUGUGUAACACCCUGCUGAUCACUGGUCCCACGGGGGUGGGCAAGACCGCUGCCGUCUACGCCUGCGCCCAGGAACUCGGCUUUAAGGUGUUUGAGGUGAACGCGUCGUCCCAGCGGAGCGGCCGUCAGAUCCUGUCCCAGCUGAAGGAGGCCACCCAGUCCCACCAGGUGGACAUCCAGGGGGUCAACGCCCACAAACCGUGCUACUUCAGCAGCUCCACUGCCAGGCCUGGAUCCUCACCACGGAAGGUGAACUCUCCUCGACGGGUGGGGUCCUCCCCCAGGAAGCCCCCCCAGUCCCCCCGUGGGGCCAAGAGGGGAGGCCUGGCCCCCACCUCCCUGGCCAACUUCUUCAAAAUGGGCCGACCUGGUCCCACCAACAAGGAACCUGCCAGUGCCAGCCAAGACAAGAAGCAACCAACAGCUGUUCCUAAGAAGACCAGUAAAGCCAAGGAGAGUUCCAGUAAGACUAAAGAGCCUCAGAACGGGCCUGCAGCAGCAGCCAUCACCAAGGACUCCUCCUCCAGUGAAGAGCAGAGCAAGAAGACAGCCACGUCACUCAUUCUCUUUGAGGAGGUGGAUGUCGUCUUCGACGACGACUCUGGGUUCCUGGCUGCCAUCAAAACGUUCAUGACCACCACCAAGAGACCGGUGAUCCUCACCACCAGUGAUCCCACCUUCAGUACCAUGUUUGAUGGCUACUUUGAGGAGAUCCAUUUCAAAACACCCUCAGUGGUCAAUGUGGGGAGCUACCUGCAGCUGCUGUGCCUGGCUGAGAACAUGCGUACGGACGCCCAUGACGUCUCCUCUCUGCUCCACCUGAACGGCUGUGACAUCCGCCAGAGCCUUCUUCACCUCCAGUUCUGGAGCUGCUCCGCAGGGGGGUGGAAGCUACCCCGUCCCCUCCCAGACUCAGCCCCCACAGCGACAGAACUCAAGCCAAAGACUGAGGAGACAGCAGGGGGGUCUUUGGUGAGUGAGGGGGAGACCCCAUUAGGUCCCCUGCCCCCCUGUGACACAGGCUGCACAGAGAGCAUGCUGGGGCUGCUAAACAUGGAGCCAGAGAGGGACAUGCAGGAUCUGUUCAAGAGCCAGUCCACAGUGGCACCAGGUUGCUGGGAACUGCUGACCACCAGCAAGAGAAGAGGAAUAGACCUGCUCUACUCCAACAUGGAGGCCCUGCUUCCCUUACCCACCACACACCUCACUGUCACAACCCACAGGCGGCCACAGGAAGUGAGCAACCGGACACAGGAAGAGCCCAGCGCUGAUCCACAGGAAGUAGCCGCUAGUAUGAAUAGUAUAAAGCCAGAGAUUGAUCCACCACUACCACCUCAGACUGAGGUUGAUCCACUGCCCCACCCCAGGCUCCAGCAGGUGGCAGAGGGGUCGGAGAUAGACGGGAGCCCGGUGAAGGUGUCCUCUAGAAUGAAGAAGAAGAAGAAGCAGCAGCUGGGUACCCGAGAGGACCUGGACCCCUUUCACUCAGACUCGGAUUCAGACGACGCCUUCCUCUCCCUCCGCUCUAAACCCCCUCCCAACGCCCCUCAGACACGGACGGCCUCCCAGUCGGAAAGGGAGUACGGUCAGGACGAUUCUACCAGCAACAAGGUUGAACAAGAAUCUGUGAAGGCUAGAGAGGAAGAGGUAAAGGAGAAGGCCCCUGCCCCGGUGAGGAUGAGGAGGGUGCCGGUCACCCCGGAGCAGAGGAUGAAGAAUGAGCCUGUGUCCCGCUGCCUGGACUCCCUGGCAGAGUUCCUCGACCACAUGUCCCUCCUGGACUCCUCCCUGCCCCUCCACACCUCACCUGUAGGUGGCGCCAAACACACACACAGGACGUUCGGCCUGAGAGCCAGAGCCGAGACUAAAGACGGGAUGACGGACGAGCCCAGGGAGGAGUGCGAUGGAGGGUGCUGGGUGGAAGGGGAGAGAGCGGGGGAGAUCCAGGCUGCUGUGGAGGCUCUGAGCUUCCAGAGGUGCAGGGCCGGGGUAGAGGAGGCGUGGGGUAAAGCCCAAGGUCUAGAGGGGGAACUGGGGAAGGAGGCUGUGAACGAGCUCACACUCCCUGUGGCCCCGCACAGACAGGGCUUCAGACUCACGCAGGACAGCCCCUGUGCACCAAAAGUUCUCCAGAGGAGGAGGGAGGUGAUGGACAUUCUACCCAGCCGAGUGGCAGGGACGCUGGGUAACAGACCUGCUGCAGCCCUGGACUUCCUUCCCUUCCUACGGACCAUCUGCCGAUCAGAGACGCUCAAGGAGCAGGGCAAGGUUAAACGCAGGUUCCUCCACUACCUGGAUGCCAUUCACCUCGGCCUUUCCAAGAACACUCUACAAUACCUAGCAGAGGACUUCCCAUGAACAAGAGAGAAGUGCACUGGUGUUUCUCAAAUAGGGGGUUUAAGGACAUUUAGUCCGCCAAUUUGAGGCUUGAUGACAGUAUGAAAGCAAUCAUUAGCAGGGUUGAUGUGAUCCUAACUUGGGUCAUAUUCAUUAGGUACCGAAUGGAAUAAAUCAAACUGACACAAGGAGGGACUGACAAUCUGAGCUUGUCGAAUUAGAAAGGCAAAACUUUUUGCUACGGUGUGCCCUAAUGAAUACGACCCCUCGAUUGCUACUAAAGUCAAUGACCAGAAAUCUGCGGAUCAAUUCCCUCUUUGGAUCUGGAGUGAGGUUCAUCAUGGAUCCCUUCGAAGAGUGCUGUAACUCUAUUCGCCUGUUCAAUAUUCAUUUGUACAGUAAUAUAAAAACGGGAGUGUGUUUUAGUGUAAAUGUGUAUCAGUACGUUUUUAUAGUUGUGGCUUUUACGGAGAUGUGCCUAAUGUUUUUGUAUUCUGCUUUGCAUUUGGCAAAGCGUUUCAUUAACUAAUAAAUUUGAAUGUUCUAUGUUGAGAGAUCAUUUGUAAGAUUUGAAUAACAUACUUGUAGAAAUACACUUGUAGAAAUUGUCAGUUUAAAAGGGUGUGUUGCUUUUGUUGUCAAACUACACAAUAUUAACACAAUCCUGUUCAAGCACUCUUUUAAGUAUCACUUUCUUUUUUCUUUUUUUUACUGUUCAUAUAAUAUAAAGCCCACCCACUUUACCAGUCCUAAGUGUUAUUCUCUCAUGAAUCACAAUGGCUUCAUUAUUUGAGUGAAUAAAGGUUUGUAUCUAAUUGCAGGGUAGGAUCAGUGAUGUAUAUAAACCCUGGAUUGCUGAUGCUUUGUAUUGGCCAAUGAGAGGCUUUGAAGCCACCAGUCGGCUAUAUUGGCACUUCAGAAAAGCAGUCCUCCAUAGGAAUGAAUGGAAUUCUACAGUAUUUUAUUUAAAUGUUUCAUGGACAAAAUUAAAUGUUUUAAAGUAUUUUUGUUGUUGUAGUGGGGACCGAAACAUUAGUACUUUCUAAAAGUUAUACUUUAAGCAAACUGUUUUUAUAUAUUUUUUCAUUUAUAUUUAGCUUACAUAAUAUACAUUUAAAAGUAUGUAUUAAGGUGUCUAAUAGAAUAAACCUGGCAAAAACUAAUGUAAACAUUUGUAAAUGCAUUUUUAUAGCUUCCCCACAAAAAAGUAUAACAGUGGAGGCGCAGUUGCUUCAAAACCGCGCCCUGUCAGUGUGUAUAUAUAAAUCAUUGGGUAGGAUGUAUUUUUGAAAUAUAAAUAUGAAUCAAGUCGGGUUAGAUUGUUGUGAUCAAUCUAAUGUAACAGAAAUGAUUAAUGAAAUAUUUUUGUAUUGCUUAUUUCUUUCGGUAAAUUAAUGUAAUAAAGCUUGGAAAUAAAAAAUGACACUUGUAAAAAGCCGCAGACGCGGCGUAUUAA